GUUCAACUGUGCCGCGUCUGUGCACUUACGUCCUCGUCGACAUGGUAAACGAGUGCAUGUCGUAACAUCCGCUGUAGAUUUUCCAAAACAAACGCGUCUCAUGAUACGUGUGUAUUAUUACCGUAUUAGUUUGCCCUUGUACAUUGUAGAAUUUGAGGUUCGUGUGUGUUAAAUGCCGAACUGAUUCGGGGUGCGCUAUUAAAGGAGACAAUCCAACUGAAAGGAGGCAGGCAUUUCCGGCCCCCGGCCCUCCCCCGCGUCGCUCUCAUCCGGGGUGGGUCGACCACCAGCAACAUCCGCGUCCCCCUCCUGAGAUGGACCGCGAGACGUCGGGCUCAAGUCGGGAGUCGUUUCGCUGCUGAAUUAAGGACGAAGCGAAUGAGGGUGGCCCCGGCGCCUGUGUCCUAGCCGCUCGGUGUGCGGUACUCGCGGCCGCAGAAGCUCCGCAGGCCUCUCGGUCGAGGCGGUGGUGGUGCGUUCAAUGCCCCCCGUUCAUGGCGUGAACCGUGCUUUGGGCGGCGUGUGAUGAUAGGAGACACGAUGACGCUCUUGUCUCUUCUUGGUCGGAUCAUGCGCUAUUUUCUCCUGAGGCCGGAGACGUUGUUCCUGCUGUGCAUCAGCCUGGCGCUGUGGAGCUACUUCUUCCACACGGACGAGGUGAAGACCAUCGUCAAGUCGAGCCGCGACGCCGUGAAGAUGGUGAAGGGCAAAGUGGCCGAGAUGAUGCACAACGACCGGCUGGGAGGCCUCAGCGUGCUGGACGCCGAGUUCUCCAAGACCUGGGAGUUCAAGAGCGACAACGUGGCCGUGUACUCCAUACAAGGCAGAAGGGACCACAUGGAGGACCGCUACGAGGUGCUCACCGACAUCGCCAACAAGAGCCACCCGUCCAUCUUCGGCAUCUUUGACGGGCACGGCGGGGAGGCUGCAGCAGACUUUGUGAAGGCCCACCUGCCUGAAGCCUUGAGGCAGCAGCUGCAGGCGUUGGAGCGAGAAAAGAAGGAGGGCGCUCCGUCGUACGCCGGCAUACUGGAGCAGCGAAUCCUGAGCGUGGACCGAGAGAUGCUGGACAGGCUGUCUGCCAACCACGAUGAAGCGGGUACCACGUGUCUGGUGGCACUGCUGUCAGACAGGGAACUAACAGUGGCCAACGUCGGCGACUCCCGCGGUGUCCUGUGCGACAAAGACGGCAACGCCGUCGCACUGUCCCACGACCAUAAACCGUAUCAGCUCAAGGAGCGCAAGAGGAUCAAGAGGGCAGGAGGCUUCAUCAGUUUUAACGGCUCUUGGAGAGUUCAAGGAAUUCUGGCCAUGUCCCGCUCUCUGGGCGACUACCCGUUAAAGAACCUAAAUGUGGUCAUCCCCGACCCGGACAUCAUGACGUUCGACCUGGACAAACUGCAGCCGGAGUUCAUGAUCCUGGCGUCCGACGGCCUGUGGGACGCCUUCAGCAACGAGGAGGCGGUGCGCUUUGUCCGCGAGCGCCUGGACGAGCCGCACUUUGGUGCCAAAAGCAUCGUCCUCCAGUCCUUCUACCGAGGUUGCCCAGACAACAUCACCGUUAUGGUGGUCAAGUUCAAAAGCAGGGCGGGGGGGAGCAGCAAGGCGGCGGACUAGGGCAAGUGGACUGCAUGGGAUUUUACCCGUCAUGUAAAAUACUACAGGAGGACAGAGACAAGAUAGAGCUUGAGUACUGGCUAAGUGUACAACUAUAUGAAUCAAACACACAAAAUUAAGACAAGGGAGCCUGAAUACUAUUAAUAAUUGCCCAAGAGAAAGUACCAGCAUCUAUUCAAGUAUUACAGUUUACUGUCCAUUACUGAUGCAGCCCCCACAGGAGCUUCUUCAGGAGAGACUACGGUCCGUGCCUAAUUGUAAUGUGUGGAAAAACACCAGCCUUCUUUCUGCAUUCAAAAAAAUAGUUCCCAUUUCCUCAAAUAGUGGCAUCUUUCCCAAUAGACCCUUUGCCAAAGUUAAACAUGGAAUUGAACAAAUAAGUGCUGUGCAUCAAACAGACACCUGCUUUUAUCCCUUCACAUGUUAAAAGUAGGUGGCUGUCCUUUACUAUGCCUAAACACACACCACCUGCAGAGCAGACGGGGAAUCUGUAAAGCUGAAGUUCUUGGAGUGUAAAGAUUAGUCUCUUCAAAUUAACAUGACAUGUUUUUGGAAGCUGUGAUUGAAAAAUGAACAAUAUGAUGUUCACUGACAAGAAGAGAAUGCCUCUCUGGGAAAAGAAAGUGAUGUAUUACAUCCACACUAACAUCAUUCAGUCAAACUAAAAGUGACUCCAAUGAUUGAUGGAGGCCGUGUAAAACAAUCCAUCCAUCCAUCCAUCUUCUAUAGCGCUUGUCCUCAUUAGGGUCACGGGUGAGCUGGAGCCUACCCUAGCUGACUCUAGGUCAGAUGUGGGGUACACCCUGGACUGGUCGCCAGUCAUUCUCAGAUUACAUAUGGACAAACACCAUUUACACUCACAUCUCUGGGGAAUUUAGUCUCCAAUUAACCUAAAAAGCAUGUUUUGGGGAUGUGGAAGGAAAGUAACACGGGGAGAACAUACUGUAGACACUUGUAAGACAGUAUUUUAUAUACUAUACUACUAUAAAGACAUAAUAUCAUGAUAAAACUGGAUUUCUACAAAUAAAGGGAUCCCUUUAAAAUAUGCCUGCUACUCUACAGUUGAGUUAAAAAAAAAACAAAAAAAAAACUCCUCUGGCCACUAUAUGAGGAAAUAAAGUUUGAUUUUAACAUUGCAGAUCUGGAAGAAUUUGUCAGUCCUCCCGAAAUAUGACAGAACCUUAUUCAACUUCAUAAUACAGUGGUGCCUUGAGAUAAGCGUUUAAUUCGUCAUUCGGUCCUCAGAACAGUCGUCCACCGUGCCGCACAAAAAUAAACAUUAUUUACAUAAUUUUAAAUAAAACGUAAACAAUCAGUUUUUGCCACAUUUUGUACUUCAAUUCAAUAGACAUAGUUAUGCUACUUCGGGUAUGCGCACCUUGGCCGCCUGGCAGUAGAGGGCAGACAUACGGAUAUGCAUGGAGACGGUCACUCCUCAGCAGGCCGCAGAAGUCGUUCUUCGCAGAAGAUUUAAAAAAAACGCCUGUGAGUAUUGUUAUAUUAUGUGUCUGUGUGUGUUGCUAUUUAAUGCUACCUUUACAUCAGAAGACUUAGAAAAUAUUUGGAAAGGGUUAGAAAACUAUCAUCUCACAAAGGCUCACAUCUAAAGACAAGAGAUUAGAGAUUUUCGUCUCAGACUGAGAUUUAAGCCCAGCCCCUUUGUUUACAAAGUUUCCUGUUUCCUUUCUUUUUUUAGAGCUCAUCUAUUGGUAUUUGGUUAAACUAAUCAUAUAAAAAGACGUCUGAUGUUGUCAUAAAGCCAAGACUAGGAAAAGACUGAUCUAAAACAGCUGAGUACUACCUUAUACUAAAGGAUCAAGAUGACGGUAGCACGCUGUGACUCCAGUAAAACUCCUCAAAUGUUCUUCUGACUUUCAGUUUUUAGUCUGUGACUGUGAAAUUCGUUAGGUGUAAGCCCAGCCUAAGGGUUAUAACACCUCGACACCAGCGGCAUUCGUUAUCCCGUUAGGUGUAAGCCCAGCAUAAGGGUUAUAACACCUCGACACCAGCGCCAUUCGUUAUCCCAUCUAUGGCGUUUUUCACUGUUUGAACUGUUUGUUAGCAUUAAGCUAAAUGGAGCUAUGUGGUCUUUUUAAAUACAGAACAUGUAUUCUCUUUGUUUGAUUUAUAGUUUGAUAGUAAACUUCAACUGGGGUGGCAAUAAAAGGCUUAAAGCUUUUUUGAAUAAUUGUACACUAUCUCUAAUCACGCGGCACGGUAGUCGACUGGUUAGCACAUCUGCCUCACAGUUCUGAGGACCGGGGUUCAAGUCCCGGCCCCACCUGUGUGGAGUUUGCAUGUUCUCCCCGUGCCUACGGGGGUUUUGUUCGGGUACUCCGGUUUCCUCCCACAUCCCAAAACAUGCGCGGUAGGUUAAUUUAAGACCCUAAAUUGUCCGUAGGUAUGAAUAUGAGUGCGAAUGCUUGCUUGUUUCUAUGUGCCCUGCGAUUGGCUGGCAACCAGUUCAGUGUGUACCCCGCCUCCUGCCCGCAGUUAGCUGGCAUCGGCUCCAGCAUACCCGUGGUCCUAGUGAGGAUAAGCGGUGUAGAUAGUUGGAUAUCGCUCACUCUCUCCCACUCUCUCCCACUAUCUCCCAAACUGCUGCUUAUUGUUAUGCGAGUUGAGUUCACUGCCACCAUUCAGCGUUUGUAUCUCAAAUGUUUGCGUGCAAGUCAAAGCAAAAUAAUAAUAAUAAUAAUAAAUGUUUUAAAUCAUAUGAAUUACAGCCUGUAUCUAAAAAAAAAAACAAGGGUCACUCGCAUCUCAAGGCACCACUGUACACACUUAAAAUGCACUUUUAUUUGCUGACAUAACACUUCUUCAAUGAAGCAAAAUUAUUUGAAUGGAUAGUAUCUGAUGUGGUAUAUUACCGGUCCUUAUGUAUCUCUGAAACUCAAGAACAAAAGUGGCAGCUGCUGUAAGAAUCUGAAUGAUGAGACAUGGUGUUGGACUGCAGUACAGCUGCAGCAGCCGUACAGUGCAAAGUAAGGCGAGAAGCCCCUGAAGCAAUAUAAUGUACGACCAGUGUUGUCAGAAGCGAUACAUUUCAAGCAAAAGCUACAGUUUUCAUUUUAAUGAAUUAUGUGUUCUCGCUGGACUAUGUUCUAGUCGGAUAUUGUAUGACCUGUUGAGCACCACUCCACAAACAAAAGGUAGCAUUACUGCAUGCAUGUUCCAUUGCAUUGUCUUUAUUUUGCUCUAAUGUCAAAGGUGUUUUUUAAAGGUUUUUAUGCCAAAUCCGACCAAAUUCCCUUUAAAAGUGGCUUCUUUGUGAAAGAAGUUGAAGCGUUUAUUUUAAUUUUAAACAUACAGUACCUUAUAUGCCUUAUUUAUUUGUUUUUGGUGUCAAGCAGAUUGCCAAAUCUGUGUACUGUAUAUACAUAUUGUUUUUGUUCUUCUGUUUUACAAUAAAACAUACUCAU